CCAGGUAGGAAGCACAGAGUCUUAUAGCUAAUAUUAAAAUUGUAAGUCAAGCAUGUUGUGUUGCUUAAACUGGAAUUUGGCUCCGGAAAUGAGGUUUCAGGAAGCUGGUGCUUGAUGGGCAGUAAACUCAGGAGUAGUAAUAAGAGAACACUAAAGAGGUGGUUUUUCAUCGACAAAAGGGUGGGAUAAAAAGAUUAGUGUUCUAAUGAUUCCGAGAAAGAAGCCAGGGAGGCUAGAUGACGUUCGUUCUAAUGGUUGGCUUGAUGCAAUGAAGUCUUCGUCACCUCCUAGUAAGAAGGUUCAGAAGGAAGCAGGCGUUGAGGAUUUCUCUGAUGAUGCUAAAUGUGGUUACUCUUCUUGGAUGUUCAAGUAUCCAUCAGCACUAAACUCCUUUCAGCAAAUUGUAAACCAUGCAAAGAAUAAAAAGAUUGUUAUCUUUUUAGACUACGAUGGGACUCUUUCUCCAAUUGUAGAUGAUCCUGACCGUGCUUUUAUCUCCGCUGAUAUGCGUUCUGCUGUCAGGGAUGUUGCGAAGCAUUUCCCAACAGCCAUCAUCAGUGGAAGAAGCCGUGAUAAGGUUUAUCAGUUGGUAGGACUAACCGAACUCUAUUAUGCUGGUAGUCAUGGUAUGGACAUCAUGCUUCCAAUUAGAAAUGAGUUGUGCACUAAUGAUUCACUUAUUAAAUCUACUGACCAGCAGGGCAAGGAAGUUAACCUAUUCCAGCCUGCUCGUGAAUUUUUACCUAUGAUAGAUGAGGUUUUUAGAACCCUCGUCGAUAAAACUAAAGAAGUAAUAGGUGCAAAAGUUGAGAACCACAAAUUUUGUGCCUCUGUACAUUACCGUAACGUAGAUGAGAAUUGUUGGCCUAUUCUUGCCCAAUGUGUACAUGAUGUCUUGAAAGAAUACCCUCGACUACGACAAACUCAUGGGCGGAAGGUUUUAGAGGUCCGUCCUGUAAUAGACUGGGACAAAGGAAAAGCAGUUGAGUUUUUGCUUGAUUCACUAGGUUUUAGAAACAGUCAUGAUGUGCUCCCUAUCUAUAUUGGCGAUGACAGAACAGAUGAAGAUGCAUUCAAGGUUUUGAGGGGGAGAUAUCAAGGUUAUGGAAUUCUUGUUUCGGCUAUUCCAAAAGAGAGUAACGCUAUCUUUUCUCUCGGGGAUACUUCAGAGGUCAAAGAAUUCUUAGGUUCUCUCGCGAAAACUAUGGAAAAUCAAGAAAUGUGAAAUGCAGGACGGGGGAGGGAACAAAAG